GGAACAAUAGCGCCAAAUCGAAAAAUAGCCGCGAGCAAGGUGAAGGAAGGAACGAGUAGGUGGCGUCGAAUGAAGAAAUCUUUGCACAGGUUGGGCGGGACGAGGAACUCUGUGGUCACCUCGGGAUCACUGGAUCGUUGACUGGAGCACAGCAGCGAACCGUCGAGAGGCAGAGCGGCAAGAGAGGCAAGAGAGGAGGCAGGGAAGGAGCAGUGUGUAUCCGUUUGUCGACUGUGGGCUGAGAAAGAGAGAGAGAGAGAGAGAGGAGGCAGGGAAGGAGCAGUGUGUAUCCCGUUGUCGACGUUGGGCUGCCGGCGCAAAGAUAACGUCGCGUAGGGGAGAGAGAGAGAGAGAGAGAGAGAGAGAGAGAGAGAGAGAGAGGAUGGCGCAGGAAAGCACGCCGGACGUGAGUCAACUGGACGAGGAGGAGAUAAAACGCCUCGCCGAGGCUCACUUACGAGUUGUGGAGGGGGGACGGAGAGGAGGGCAAGCCCGUCGAGAACAGCUCGGACACGAGGGGUAUAGUGAGAUGGGAAGGAAGGGAGGUCUGUCCCGAAUGGACAAAAGCGGAGAAGAAGCGGCCCGAGAAAAGGGUAUCGAGAUAGACGAGUCGAAGUAUAAGACGAAAUCGCCUCUGUCAGAUAUUGCCAAAGGAAAACACGGCGGCUCACGGGGAAAAGGGGACGCCGAAGAGUCUCAGCCCCCUCCUCAGAAGAACAGCGGGCCCACAGAAAGUACCCAAGGACAGAAACGUGGUAGCAGAGGAGAUCAGGGCAUGGAUAUCGAUAUGUCAGCACCUGAGCCCGCUGUUUAACAAUUUUGGAGAUGGCUCGGACGUUUGCGCGUUCACUUCAGAUGGGCAGCGACAUAGGACCGCGAGGUUAUGGAUAGAGAGAGACUCUGAGAGAGAGAGAUCGAGAGAGAGAUCGAGAGAGAGAGAGAGAGAGAGAGAGAGAGAGAGAGAGAGAGAGAGAGAGAGAGAGGAAGAGGAAGGUGAGCAUAUAUGGUGUAGAACAGCGACGUGAGCAUAUAUGGUGUAGAACAGCGACAGAAACACUGAGAGCGAGCGACAGUCAGUGGGAGAGAGCGGUGAGUCGGUGACUACGAACAUAUUCCACGUCAGGAAAUCUUCGAGAUCCACUCGCACUCUACGUGUUUGCCUGAGGUACCCUGGGUAUCGUGCAUCUGCAUGAUACACGCGGCCGGAUGCAUUCAUGUGAUGAGCGAUUGGUGGCUAGGCCCAUGAAGAUGGAAAAUUCGUUGGUCUCUCUCAGUGCGUGCCAAACAAAGAAAAUUUGAAUUGAAAUCUCGAGAGACGUUAGUUGAGUACAAGAAGGUACCAUCUCUGAGGGUGGCUGGGAAGGCGUGGGUGGUUGGGCAGAGGAAGUUGGGGGGUUUUAGGUUUCGAGUGUCAUUUCGACCUCGUGCUAUGUUGAUGAUCACUGAUGAUCACGGUGUUGCUUAUUAGAAGCAUGCAUGGUAUGAGAGUUGACUGCAGGGGAUAUGACGUGCGUUGACUGCAGUCUUCCCCCAAGCAGCAUGCAAAUCCAUGGUUAUCGUAGGGGAUAUGACGUGAUUCUGCACGGUCUUCCCGCGCGCAGCAUGCAAAUCCAUGGUUAUCGUAGAUGUAUUCGAGUCUUUUUAAAAAAACAGCGGUACUGCCCGUGCCUUCUUUUCUUUUGACUUCUCUGCUGAUUGUCCGCACCGACGCAUUCAUUAUCUUUAUUUUGCUCGGUCGAGGAUCCAGCGUAUAGCCAGGUUUUGUCUUUGAUUCGGGCGGGAAGACGGUAGUCUCCAUGUUCUGAUGAUCGUUUGAGAUGUAGACAUAACGCUGGUAAUCAGCGUUCGGGGUUCGAUUCACUGACUUAGGACAUGGCCGUGCUGAUUAAUCAGGAUCAUGGCAGCAUGCAUCGCGUAUUCGUAAUGAUUUGUCGGGGAGAUGGGUACGGUUGGGGCUUGUUAUAAUUGGAAUCCUUUUGAAGCUUGUAGUAGUCUUGUACAGUAGUAUGGUCUUGUAGUAGUCUUGUACAGUAAUAUGAGGGUCUUGUAGUAGUCUUGUAGUCUUGUAGAGUAAUAUGAAGGCUAGGAGUGUCUGUACAAUAGCUUUUGCACAAACAAGCAGAAGGGUGUAGAGUUUUCAUAAGACAUAACACGACCGCUCUUGGCUUAUCUUACUCUCGCGCCACGACCGCUAGUCGCUUAGUACCUUACUCGCGCGGCAUCAUCAUAUCAAGCUCACACCUCACACUUAAUGCCGGCGCUUCGCGCUUUGUGCACUUUCUGGAUUCAAAAUUGGGGUUCUGGAUUCAAAUUGGGGUUCCGGAUUCAAAUUGGGGUAUGCCGAUUAUGGUUGAGGUCUGUAUCUGUUCUUGUAGAUGUUUCGUUGAACGACUGAAACUCGGUUUGCCUUAUUAUUUCAAUCACAUAGUUUUACUAAACAACAAACAAGGGUAGGGUAGUUUGAGUUUUAGGUGAAGUCACGUGCAGGCAAGGGACAUGGUCGAGGUCCAGGCCAUAAAAUGAUGAGCGUGGUCGAGGUUCAAAUGUAGGUACGCUUUCAGGGGUUUAUUUGGAGAUGAGCCGUUUCCACUCGUCGUGUGUUUGUUUUGGCAAAUGAUGAUGUGCGAUAAUAAGGGAAGUUGUGGUCAGUAGUGUCCUUCUAGUCUUUUUCUCUCUGCUUUCAGUUUGAUCCGAAUUGUUAGUCACUUCAGAAUCUCUGGAGAGUUUUUUUUAAUAAAUAAAACGAAAAAAG